CGAACGAACGAUCGAUCGAACAAACAAGGCCCUCCUAUUACGAGGAGAUCCAUUUGGCACGUGCUGCUGUUCUACCUAUGGUCUUCAUCUUCGCCAUGGGAGGCUGAGAAAGCGAGGGAGAAAGGUUCUCCUUUGUUCUCCGUUCAAAGCAAACUUGAACAACAAAAGAACAGAGGAGGAGGAGGAGGAGGAGGAGGAGGAGACGUUUUCUUUGUUUUUGAGAUAACAAUUAUUUCAAAAGCAAAAUCAACCCACCAACCUACCCACCCCACCCGCGAAGCAUCGGAUAAGGAAGGCUUUAAAUUGUUCCUCUCCUCUUCCGCUUUCUCUCGUCGUCCUUUCCGUUCCAUUUCUUCCCCAAAUCUUCCAUUUCUAUAGCUGUGUCUGCAUUUGUUGGAUUUGUUUGGAAUAUGCCCGAAUCCUUCUCACUGGUUUGAUCUCAUUGUGAUUUUGAUUGAACCCUGUGGCUUUUGGGCAAUGUGGUUUGGUCCUAUUACGCUUGGGGCGUUUUGGCAAUAUGGGUCCCUGUGUUUGGCGGUCUGGCUGGUUUCAGGUUAGAUAAUUGCAUUUUGUUCAAUCGUCAAUGAUGCUGUCGCUGUGCCUGUUGUCUAUUCUCCGUGGGAUAUGAGUGUUUUGGACAAGAUAUUCAUCGUUGGGCGAUUGAAGGAAAGUAAUGCUUUUUGUCAUUUUGUAUCGUGAAUUUUGGGGUAAAUUCAAAUAGAAUCCGGUGGGAAGGAGAAUAAGGUCAUAAUUGAUUGAGAAAAGAUUUAGAUUCUUGGAAACUUUUGAAGGACGGGUUAGGGGCCUGCAUCCAAAUUUAACCAUGGAUCACGUGAUUGGUGGUAAAUUCAAGCUGGGCCGGAAGGUCGGGAGUGGAUCAUUUGGAGAAUUCUACAUGGGUGUGAACAUACAGAACGGAGAGGAAGUUGGAGUUAAGCUGGAACCUGCAAAAACCAAGCACCCUCAGCUUUACUACGAGUCCAAAAUUUACAUGCUCCUGCAAGGAGGAACGGGGAUUCCCCAUCUCAAGUGGUUUGGACUUGAGAGCGAGUACAAUGCCAUGGUCAUUGACCUCCUCGGGCCUAGUCUUGAAGACUUGUUCAACUAUUGCAAUCGGAAGUUGUCUUUGAAAACAGUGUUGAUGCUAGCCGAUCAGUUAAUCAAUCGGGUGGAGUAUAUGCACUCGAAGGGUUUUCUUCACCGUGACGUAAAGCCUGAUAACUUUCUAAUGGGGUUGGGACGAAAAGCAAAUCAGGUGUAUAUCAUCGAUUAUGGUCUUGCAAAAAAGUAUAGGGAUCUUCAAACUCAUAAGCACAUACCAUACAGGGAAAACAAGAGUCUUACAGGCACAGCUCGCUAUGCUAGUGUCAACACUCAUCUUGGAGUUGAGCAAAGUAGAAGAGAUGAUUUGGAAUCUAUUGGUUAUGUGCUUAUGUAUUUCCUCAGGGGAAGUCUUCCUUGGCAGGGGUUAAGGGGUGGGACAAAAAAGCAGAAAUAUGACAAGAUUAGUGAAAAGAAGAUGCUUACACCCAUAGAGAUUCUUUGCAAGGGUUAUCCAUCAGAAUUCGUAUCAUACCUCCACUAUUGCCGAUCAUUGCGGUUUGAGGAUAAACCAGAUUAUGCAUAUCUGAAGCGGCUCUUCAGGGACUUGUUUGUUAGAGAAGGGUAUCAGUUUGAUUAUGUAUUUGAUUGGACAAUAUUAAAGUACCCUCAGAUUAGUGCUGCUUCUAGGCAAAGGCAGGCAGUGGCAAAGCCAAUUUUAAAUGCUGGAGCAUCUGGUGAAGGAGCAGAAAGGCCUUCAGGUGGUAUGAAUCCAGAGGGACAAGAGGGUCGAGAAAGAUUUGCAGGUGGAACUGAAGCAUUUGCCAGAAGAAAUUUUACAGGUGGGGUGCUGCGGGGUGAUCAUUUAAAGCACAAAGCAUCAGAUGAUGUGCCAUCUUCCAAAGAGGUGCACUUUUAUUUGCGUAAACGGAACUGAUUCUGGGUUGCAUCAUUUUGGUAGAGUUUAAAGAAAACAGAAUCCGUGGUUGGCUCAUUAGAAAUUAUUGACCACCACUGGAGCGGCAAUGUGGCAAGCUCUCCAGCGAUGGCUUCCAUUGAGGCAGAGCUAGAGAUUAUCUAUCUUGGUUCCAUCACAUGGGUGCCCAUAGGCUGGAUCAAUUAUGUGUCUAUGGAUCGCCAUGCUUGCUGUCGUCUCACAACAGCCUCUGUUUUCAACUGAAAACCUGUGAUAACUAGCUCAAAGUUUCAGCUAAAAGCAGGCUUUGCAAAUGGCAUCACAAGUCAAGGCCCAACAGAAGUCAUCAUCCAACCCUGAAUGCAUAAAACCUGAAUUAGAGUGAAAUUAGAAAGAUUAAUAACUAUAUCAGAAAUGAUAGCACAAACUUGGACCUAACAAUGCAUACUGAUGUAUUGACAUGUCAUAGUUAGUCAUCAUAAUCAACUGCUUUUUGUGCAAUGUUAAACAUAUAUCUACACAUACCAAUGGAACUAGUGUUCACGUUAAUGGCAAAGUAUGGCAGAAAAUCUGAACACAUGCUGAAUAUGAGUGUAAUUUCUCAAGAGUUGUAUCAACUCUUUCAACAUAAAAGUUCGCAUUGAUUUGGAUUUUACUCGGUUUCUUAUUCUGUUCUUAUUUUGUAAAGAUAUUUGUCAUUCAAUAUCUUAUCCUCUCAGUGAAGAAAAAUACAAGGUGUACAGAAAAUGGAACAAAAAUUUGGUAAAUUGUACUCAGAAUCUUUGUAAAAGCAACAUUAGACAUUAGAUCACCGAAUGCUUGGUUGAGCUUCAUCAUGUUUAGGAUGGUAUAUCGCAGUUUGCAAAAGUGAAAAUCAGGGAUAUCCGUGUAUGCUAACAAUGAACAUCUUGUGGGUCU